AGCUCGCGCGAGCUCAAGUAUCGAUUGCGCCAUCUCCCAACCAACUUCUCGCCAUCUCUCGGAAACAUGGCGUCGGAGCAUGGUCGGAGAGUUUCCUCCCGAGCCGUGCGGAGGCUUUGCGUGUGAGAAACCGCCGGAUUUUUCGUGCCCACCUCGCGCUGGACCUUCCGGGAUGAUGUAGCCAACCGCUGCGGUGAACCCCGGCCGCAUGAGACCUACGCGUCUGCGGUGUUCCUAGCCUGUUUUAUUUUUUGUGUGUGCCCCACCACAUCGGACGCAAACCGAACCACUUCUCCCAACAUGACGACUGACAAGAUCAAAGUGGCCGUGCGUGUCCGGCCGAUGAAUCGCCGAGAGGUGGACCUAGGGGCACAAUGCGUCGUCGAGAUGACCGAGGGUCAGACGAUCCUCUACAACAGCAACAAGGGUGAAGGGCGGAAACAUCCAAAGACGUUUGCCUUCGACCACUGCUUCUGGUCAUUCAAUGAAGCAGACACGCACUUUGCCAGCCAGGAACAUGUCUAUACCUGCCUAGGGACGGACAUCCUGGACAAUGCCUUCCAAGGGUACAACGCCUGCAUUUUUGCCUAUGGGCAGACAGGCUCUGGCAAAAGCUAUACCAUGAUGGGGACUGCGGACAACAAGGGGGUGAUACCGCGGCUAUGCGACUCAUUGUUCGAGCGCAUUGCCUGCUGCACGGACCCCAGCAUCAGCUACAAGGUGGAGGUGUCCUACAUGGAGAUCUACAACGAGCGGGUUCACGACUUAUUGGACCCCAGGGGUGGGAAACAGCAUCUAAAAGUUCGGGAACACAACAUUCUUGGUCCGUACGUUGAUGGUCUUUCAACGUUAGCCGUGUCCUCCUAUGAGGAAAUUAAUAACCUAAUGACAGAAGGCAACAAGUCUCGAACAGUUGCAGCAACUAACAUGAACAGCGAAUCCAGUCGCUCCCACGCAGUAUUCAAUAUUACCCUGACUUGUUUAAUCAGGGAUAAUGCCUCUGGGGUCACUGGAGAGAAAGUGUCCAAAAUGAGUCUAGUAGAUUUGGCCGGCAGUGAACGGGCGGUCAAGACUGGUGCCAUUGGCGAUCGGCUAAAAGAAGGUUCCAAUAUCAACAAGUCCCUGACAACGUUGGGAUUAGUCAUUUCCAAGUUAGCCGACCAGUCCUCGGGUAAAGCGAAGGAUUCCUUUGUACCCUACCGGGACUCCGUUCUCACGUGGCUCCUGAAGGACAACCUGGGAGGCAACAGUCGCACUGUGAUGGUGGCUGCCAUCAGCCCGGCAGCCGACAACUAUGAGGAGACCCUCUCGACCCUGAGGUACGCAGACCGGGCCAAGCGUAUCAUCAACCACGCCGUAGUCAACGAAGAUCCCAAUGCCCGCAUCAUUCGUGAGCUCCGGGAGGAAGUGGAGAUGCUCAGGGAUCAGCUCAAGCAUGCCACGACACCAGAAGGUGUGAGUGAGCGUCUACGGGAGUCCGAGACCCUGAUGCAAGAGAUCUCACAGACCUGGGAAGAGAAGCUGCGGAAAACAGAGAAGAUUCACCAGGAAAGGCAGCAAGCCCUCGAGAAGAUGGGCAUCUCAGUUCAGGCGUCGGGCAUCAAGGUAGAAAACGACAAGUACUACAUGGUCAACCUAAACGCUGACCCUUCGCUCAACGAACUGCUUGUCUACUACAUGAAGGAGAGGACUCUCGUAGGACGUCCUGACGCACCGUCCGAACAGGACAUUCAACUCAGUGGCCUGGGAAUCAUGCCAGAGCACUGCAUCAUCACUAUCGAAGGUCCUGAACUGUACAUAAUGCCACUUGAAGGAGCAAGGACGUGUGUGAAUGGGUCAGCCAUUGUGUCCAAGACACAGCUGCACCAUGGUGAUCGAGUGCUCUGGGGCAACAACCACUUCUUCAGGGUCAACUGCCCACGGAUGCAAACAGCCGGUGCAUUGGAAACGCCCAUUCUUGACCGGCCGAUCGACUACGAAUUUGCCCGUGAGGAAAUCAUGAUGAAGGAACUGGUAAACGAUCCCAUCCAGGCAGCUAUGCAAUCACUUGAGAAGCAGCACGAGGCAGACAAACACAACGCCCUGGAGAAGCAGCGUCAGAUGUACGAGCGGCAGCUGCAGCUGCUGCGCAACCAGAUGUCGCCGUCCACGCCGUACGCGCCCUACCUGCCCUUUGACCCUCUGGGGGCCAAGGCGGCUUCCUCGGGAUUGCCCAGCCCCAGUGUCGCCUCACGCAUGGAGCGGUGGGCCAAGGAGAGGGAUGAGCUGUUCAGGAAGAGCCUGGCCAAACUGCGGGAGGACAUAGUGCGGGCCAAUGCGCUCGUCCGGGAAGCCAACUUCUUAGCCGAGGAGAUGGGCAAGCACACAGAGUUCAAGGUCACCUUGCAAAUCCCGGCUGCCAACCUGAGCCCCAAUCGGAAGAAGAGCGCAUUUGUGAGUGAGCCGGCCAUUCUGGUGAAACGCAAGAUUGAGGGCAGCCAGGUCUGGUCUAUGGAGAAGCUGGAGAACAAGAUCAUCGACAUGCGGGAGAUGUACGAGGACCGAAAAGAGAGGCCGCCGUCCCUCAAGGAUGAUAAAGAAUCUGCAUCGCCAAGCCUUGACCCUUUCUACGAGUCGCAAGAGAAUCACAACCUCAUUGGUGUCGCCAACGUGUUCCUAGAGGUGCUGUUCCACAACGUGCGCCUCAGCUACCAUGUGCCUAUCAUCAGCCAGCAAGGGGAGAUUGCGGGCCGCCUGCACGUUGAAAUUAGCAAGACGGACGGUGUGCUGCCUGAUCGGAGCGGUGACCUGGACGGCAGUUUUCGAGGAUCGCUCCUCGACAUCUCGGACGACGGUUCCGGCAGACAGGUCACCGUCCGGGUUGCCAUCAGGAGUGCAGUGGGCCUGCCACCAUCCCUGUCCAAUUUCGUCUUCUGCCAGUACACGUUCUGGGGCCACACUGAGGCGGUGGUGGUGGCACCCGUAGUGGACACGGACACCAAGCCGGGCUCUCCCGGCAACUCUAACAUCACCUUCAAGUUUAAUCACGUACAGGAUCAUGUGGUACCCGUGACGGAGGAGUUUGUCGAGCACUGUGCCGAGGGUGCCCUGUCCAUUGAGGUGUGGGGCCACCGGAGCACAGGCUUCACUAGCUCUGGCCACGGCUGGGACCUGACCACGGGUGGGCCCCAGUCCCACAUCUCGCACUCCCUGGUGGACAGGUGGUCGGAGUUGAAGCGCAAGCUGGAGCUGUGGCUGGAUCACGAGCUGACGGAGCAGGGCGAGUACGCGCCCGUCGAGGUGGUGCCCCGGGGUGACGUGGGCACGGGUGGCGUGUUCCAACUUCGCCAGGGCCAGCAGCGCCGCCUGGUGGUGCGUGUGGCCCCUGUCAUCCGGUCUGGCACCCUACCCCUCAUUUGCCAGCACAUCGGCUCCGUCGCCGUGGGCGCCGUCUGCAUCCGCUCGCGCCUCCAGCGGCCCCUGGACUCAUACCAGGAUGAUGACCUCGGAGUGUUGCGAGAACGAUGGUGUGAUGCUUUGAGUCGGCGUUCCGAGUAUUUGGCGGAGCACCUCAAGAAGAUCACCGACAAACCGGUCAAGUCCGACGAAGAUGCUGACCGUGAGAAGAGCCUGAUCAACCAGUGGCUGCUUCUGACUGAAGAAAAGAAUGCAGUCCUGGCGCCACAGCCAGGAUCGGACAUUCCCGGCGCUCCCGCAAACUGGGAACCUGCUGUGGGGAUGGAAAACCAUGUACCUGUCAUCUUCUUAGACUUGAGUGAUGACAUGAGCGUGCCCAAUUCCGGUGAAAACGGGCUUCAGGUUGCCGGCGCCAACUCCAUCCUGCCCAAGGAGCAGAACAACUCGUCACCACUCUUCAACCUGCCGAUUGUGAAGCACUUCGACAAAGAGGUGUGUGCUGUGGCAGCGUGGGACUCGUCCAUCCACGACUCGAUGCACCUGAACGCCCUGACGUCGCCGAAUGACCGCAUCUACCUCAUCCUCAAGGUGUCCGUGCGGUUGAGCCAUCCUGCGGUGAUGGAUCUCAUUCUGCGGAAGCGCUUUGCCAUCAAUGUCUACAAGAAGCAGUCUUUCACUGAAAAGAUACGCAAGAGAAUCAGCAGACAGGACGUCUACUUUGCAUCCGGAGUGACCUACGAAAUUGUUGCCAGUAUACCAAAGGCUUUUGAAGACUUGGAGGGUCGGGAAUCCCUGGCCCUGAUGGCCGCUUCCGGCGGAGACGGCGAAACGGGCGACGGUGAAAGUUACAUUGAGAAGUACACUCGCGGGGUUUCGGCUGUCGAGAGCAUCCUCACCCUGGAUCGCCUGCGUCAGGAAGUGGCAGUGAAGGAGUUGCUGGCAGCACAAGGACGGCUGCUGCGCAAGACAGCCAGCGUACCUAACAUCGCGCAGGUCAUGCGCACCUCGGAUGCUGGCUCCCCGCUGCGGCCAGACGAGGCGGCACCGCACCGAUCGGACUCCGUCAUCAAUCUGGCAUCGUCGUCGCUCAGCGAGGGCCUCGACCGGUUCCUCAGUGAGGGAAAAAGCGCUGCAAUCUCAAGCCUCGCACGACCCACAUUCCUCAACCUAAACUUCAAUCUAAACUUGAGCUUGCGGCAGGCGGCGGGUGCCAAAACCUCCUCCUUGGCUGUCCUGAGCCCGCAGCCAACCAAGUUUGUGAAGCCCAUGCGUACGGUCAUUGAGGAGCAGACUCAGCAUCGAGAGGCGCAGCCCUUGUUGCUGGAAGACGACGAUGAGCAGUCUGAAGACGAGGAGAGGCCAACGGCGACGGCACUUGGCAGGACUGACGUGGAGGCAGCAGCAGAUGCCACCGCCUCGGAAGUCAAGAAAGAGCAAGCGACGUCACCUUUGCUGGAUGUGGCCGAGAAAGCAGCGGAAGAAGAGAGCGGUCAGGUGCCGGAGUCCAAGGACAAGGACCAAGGGGAGGAGUUCACGGAGUUCAAGUCCUACUGGGCAGCCGGCAAAGACGAGGAGGUGAAGUCCGAAGGCAGCGACGAUCGGCAGCCGAAACCAGUCGCCGCCAUGACUCACUCCAUCACAAGCGACGGCAUCGCCGACCUUGUGGGCAAGAUGGCCACUCCUCCGAGCAUGGUGUCCAGUGGUUAUGGGUCACAAGCCUUGUCCUCGACACCACUUUCUAGCGAGGACUCUGGGUCACUGCGGAGUGUCGGGGGAAACGAAGACGCCGGCACCCCUGACCUCGUGGAUCCAAGGCCCGCGGCACCUGCUGACAGCCAGUCCAACAUAAGCUGUGACAAGCCACAGGAGAAGUCGGACGGCGCUGCAGAUAGAGCCAGAGACCAAGAACCGAAGCAGAAUCACCUAGACAACAUCGAGGAAAAGAGUUGCCACGUAAAAAGCGCUAAAAGUACAAUCUCAGAGGACAAGUUGCCUGCCGCACCUACAGUUCAAGAAAAUAAAAACCUGCCACCCGCCGCCACCUCUGAAGUGCAGAGUUCGCCAGAAGACGCUUCUGUGAUUGGCCUGACCCAACUAGUGCAGCGAAGGCCACAACCUUCUUCGGUUCAGCCUGAGCACAGGCAGUCCUAUCCGGCAGCCAGCACUCCAGCCAGUAUAGACAUGUCCAGUUCAGUGCCUGAACUCAACCUGCCACGCUCCAGCUCUCCGGCCGACGGCAUUGGCCCCGCCUCAUCGUCCUCGUCCGAUGAGAACCUCUCCGCCAGUACGGCCAGCGAUGAGGCUCUAGAUGUGUCCUCGACGGCUGAUUGGACAGCUCCAGCUUGGCUAGUGCUGGGCGAGAGUGUCAUGAUCAGUCCGUACAACAAGACAGGCGUGGUCUCCUUCCUGGGGCCAACGCAGUUUUCUCCCGGGCUCUGGGUCGGCGUAGAGUUGGACACUCCAACAGGACGCAAUGACGGCACUGUGGGAGGUGUGCGAUACUUUGAGUGCAAGCCCAAGUACGGAGUGUUCGUGAGGCCCGACAAGCUGGUGCUGGACAAGAGGGGCCGCAUGGUGCGCCAGAGUCGGGCUUCUGCGGCUGCCAACGCUUCUGCCAAGGGAACUGGUCGGGACAGCAUCAUGUCCAGAAGCAUGGGCAGCCUGCAGAGUAGCCGAGUUUUACUAGGGUCGACGGAGAACGUCACGCGGCGGAGCAGCGGCGUUUCCUCCGAAAUGGUCCGGUCCACUACUUCAAGGUCCAGUCCCCGCUCCCACAAGUGAGGCUGCCCAGCAGCCGAGAAAGAGAAGCCUGCCAGGCAUUCACCGAUGAAGCAUAUAUGCCACGUUCAUUGACCCCCGGUGCUCCCCUCCUGCCACCCACAAUUUUCUGUGAUGGUUUCUUCACGGCAUUGCCUCGUUUUAGUGUUGUUUCUUUGUGUUUUUUUUUUGUUUUUGUUUUUUUAACCUUUGGGUACACACCUCUAUGCUGUGACAAGUAUUUGGUUCGAUAAUUUUUAAAGAAUACUUCUGCCUGUACUACUGGUUUGCUAACGCUCGGAUCUCGCACAGUGUUUGCAUUUCGUUGCCUUUUCUUGUACAAUAACACGUUCGGCAUCAAUACUUGCCUGGUGUGUUCGGCAGCCGUAAACAAGGAUCACUGUUGUCCGCGAAUGUCCAGCAUAAGUGAAGAGUAAUUGCUGUCGUCCACAAACCUGGCAAUUAACAGAGCAAGUCUGGCAAGCAAAAUGGUCCAGUCUCACUGUGUGCUGGCAGGAGACAUCAGAACGGAAUCCUCGUGCGAGAUUCAAGUGCUAGCAGGGUUUUCAGCGGUAUCCACGAAGAAAUUUCUUUAACGUUCGUUGAACCGAGUACACGGGCCACGGUGUUUUGGCGUUUCAUUUGCUCACAAUGUUUUUUGGAGGAGGAGGAGGAAAGCUGCCUCACAACGCCGGCACAGGAGUGCCCGGCGACGGAAGUGUGCAUUGUGCAGAGUGUCGACUUCCACGGGACGACCCGUCCCAUCGCACGACGGGCUCGAAAUGCAGCUCAGCGCAUAGCUGCGCAAAGGAAACCAUGUGUGCGGCAGCGUGGGGAGCAGACGUCCACAGUGCCGGAUUAUUACGUCAUCCCUUUGUACAUGUUCCCUUCGCAUUUGUUCAUAAGUGUACACCGAUCCCUCCCCCUCGAGUGUUCCUUCCCGUGUUCACAUUUUUUUUUUCUCUCUGCUGCUCGAGGCGGUUGUAAUCUCUCGCAAUGCCUUGAAGUUUUUAGCGGCAACCGCUUGGAGUGCAUUUCCUGCCGCAACGUCGGGCCGCGCUGGCUUGUCCGUCUUAAGCUGCACAAUGACUGCCUGGUUAAUCCAAGCCAAAAUGCAAGGCGAUAUGUGAUUGUUCAAAGUUUCGUACCAAAAUCGCUAAAGAAAAAAUCUGACACAGCAGUUCGUCAACUACCAGGGGGAAUGGUGGGUAGUAAAUGGACCUUUCUACGAUUUGGCUUGGCUUUGUUGAGAUGUAGCAAACUGCAGAUUCUUUUAUUGUUAGUUGCAGCUCAACUGGGUGUUGCGUGCCAGUUGCACAGUGUUUAUUUAGAGCAGGGGAGCAUUUUACAUUUACAAAUGUACUUCAUUCAGUUAUGUCAUUCAGACAGCAUAUAUAAGUCCCGACACUCCCAAGUAUGUGUAUUGCUAGAUCUGGAUGGCUUUGGGCAGUGGAAAUCCUCGUGGGUGACUGUUUUAGAUAUUUUAGUUACAUACAUUUACACCUGAUGUUCUUAAAAUCAUAUGGUGGUAAGAAUUAGAGGGAUAAUCAUUGCUGUUCGGCAAAGUUGAGCUGCCAGUAUUUUGUUAAAACAAGAAACUAGAAGCCAGAAAGACAAAGUUCAGACAGAUAUAGUGAAACGUCGUUAUAUCGAAGCGAUAUAUAACGAAAUAGUUGAUAUAACGAAGUAAGUGAAAUUCCCCCCGAAAUCUCCAUAGAGAUUCAUUGAGCAGUACAUGCAAUAAUGGAUAUAACGAAGUAAUGGAUGCAGUGAAGUAAUUCUGGCUUCCCCUUCAAUUUCGUUAUAACGAGGUUUUGCUGUCCAUCUAGCUCUAGAUUUUCUUCUAGUAAUAUUAGUAUGAAACUGUAUGCCCGAUAGGAGGCAUUUUAGCAAUCAUAACAGUGUGGUCGUCGCAAGGUGCGAUACAGACGCGCCGGCGCCAAACGAUGCUGCGUCUGAAGUACGUCGGAAAUGCGCUCCGGCGUCGUUGACGCCUUCUGUCCUUUUUCAUGACGUCCACCGUUGCUAUAAGUGGGACGCACGAGUCAUUACAGCCGCGACGGCUGUCUGUUGCCUGAUCUUCCCUCGAAUUUUCAUUUUCACAUUGUGAUUAAUCGCCUGUAACCUGCGCGAUUUCUUCACAGGCAAGAGUUGUCUGCUGUUCAUAUGUGUAUUACAUCCAGGUUUCACUGUGUAUUUUGCUGGAAUGGUUUGCUGCUGGAAGGAGAGAAUGUUUCUUGGUGCUUGUCAGCAAGCUUGCAGUUUGUGGAGGCCGGUAAUGGGUAACGGAUUAACCCUUUGCCUUCGGUUAAAUUUCAACUCCAUGCUUUCCAAAACCGUUCCCACACGCGUGUGUUUUUAAAUCGCCUUAGUUUUUUCUUUUAAUUUUUGUUGAGUACGUCGUUGUGAUCAAGAUGUGUUGGAACACUCUCCUUCUUUGGGUAGAUGACGAGUUCCUGUUGUGAGCAAGUCCUGUUAUCUUUUUUUUUUUUAGGUGCAUUUUCUUUCGGUGUAACUCUGUUUUGUUCCCAAAGAUUUCUAGGUUUUCUUUUUUUUUAUGUAUCUCUUGUUAAACUGUUUUGUUUGGUUGUAUAUUACAGAGGUAUAUUGUCCACAUAUAGGCAUAGUUUAGAGUAUAUACACGUAUUGUGUACAUGGCACACGAGUAGAUUUCGCAUGCAGUUUUAUCUUUACAUCCGCCACCACGCUUUUCGAAAUGUACUAUAGAGAAAUAAGAAGGUGUCGACACUUGCGGUUUAAAAAAUGGGCGAGGCGGGUGUCUGCACCUUUUCGCGUUUACUUGUUUUUCGUCGCAUGUUUAGCACGUUGUUUCCAAGGCACACCGGUGUGAUAUUAAGGAACAGUGACAUCCCUUUUUGUUUUUGUUUUUUAACUAUUCAUUACGGCUCGGGCCCAUUUUUUCAUUCGUCGGCGUACCUUUCCAAUCACGUUUGCUAUUCUUUAAGCCACAUGGAUUCUUUCUCAUUUCAUUGCUAAGGCAAAAUUUUUAAUGCUUCUGCAAAAGCAGGGACAGCUGGGCAAGUUAGAGUGGUAACAUGAUGAAGCAAUGCCAAAUACAAACACCAAGAAAACAACAGGACAGUGUGCUGACACAUUUAAAAGAACUCUGUAUACUACAAAAUGCAUUGUAAUAUUAAGGACAGCUGGUUGUCCUCAGCACACUGUCCUGUUGCUUUCUUUUUUUUCAUGUUUGUCCUUGGCGCUGUUUCAUAAUGUUGUUUCUGUUUCAUUUGAGUAAGAUUCUAAUCUUUGCAGCAAGUGUUAACGUUGAAAAGAAAAGGAAACAGUGAGCCUCUUUAUGGAGAUCCGAAGCUUUUGUUUCUUUUUCCAAAAGCUCACCAUUUGCUGCUUUGUUGAAGCUGUUGCAGUGAAGGUAUGUUGCAAGUUGGGUCCUGAGUUGUUGCGCUAGAAAUGGUCUUUAGAAGUGUGAGAAAUUGAGAAAAACGGGAGGCUGUUGAGUAGUGCAUAGCACUUCACAGCCUCGACGCUAGCAUGGACUGAAAGCAAUACAGCUGGCUGAUGACUAUCGUGUGUAUGUGGGAGAAAAAAAAAAUGUUUUUCUUUUACGUUGAGUUACUUUUUUGACUCAGCCAACUUUUGUCGGAGAACUGCUGCAAAAAGAAGAGAGCUCGCCUAAGCGUGUGUGUUUGUUGUGCAUUCCCUCAAGACGAAACAUUCCAUAAUGUGUGCAUUUUGCACACACGCGUCGUUACUUGGUGACACUGCCCUUGCAAAGUUAGCACGUGGGGCUUUUAAACUUGACCCCCUGCCCGCUUGCCUGUUUGGGCAUGUUUCUCUUCUUUAGUGUUGACUGUCUGUUGUAUUUCAUUGUGUAGAGCGUGAACAGUUUUACUGGCAACCAGAGCUUUGUUCUUGCUAAGCUUCUUGGGAUGCCAUUUGGCCACUGGAAUGUCACAUAAGGGUUGUAUUCUGGACCAUGCUCUAUUUCUUAUGUUUCUUUUUUGUGAAGCUUUAGCCCGGUAAAGGCCCCACUUUUAAAUGCUUUCUUCCUGGCGACCAUGCUUUCUUGGAGUUUAGCAUUCCCGAAGCAUUGGUGUAUGCCUUAAAGGCCAGCUGCAGCAAUAUUUUGCAUUGCGUAAAAAAAAUUUUAAAUAUAUUUUUAGCAAUAUUGCAGCUACAGAGAAGGCUCGGUGCAGAACUUUUUGAGCGCAAUAUGCAAACAGCUGCAUCAGAGACAAUAAUUGUACAUUCCAGAAGCAUUGGUCUAAGCAUUAGCUGCCAACUGCACUAAAAUUAUUGCAUCGUAUAAAAUAAAUAUUUGUGCAAGCAUGCAGCGUACGCUUCGCAUGCAGCUGCACUUCCAAUACGUCCGUUACAUAUUUUAAAGGCAAAAAAAAUAGCAUUGUGACAGCUACUACCAUGCCACGUGUAAUUCUGAAAUCGACAUCACAUCCGCAUUAUUGCGAAGCUGUGCAGCACACCACUAGAAGUAUGGGACACUCUGAACAGCGUAAAAAAAAAAUUUGUGCAGUCGCUAGUCACAAAGCUUUGCCACACUUGUUAUUUUGGUGACAUCUGCUAACCGUUUUUAUCAGAUUGAGCUCAAGCGAGACUUUGCUGCAGUUGGCCUCUUGUGCAGCUCUCUAUAGGGCAUCCUAAUCACACACACACAUACAAAAAUAAUAGAAUGAAAACAUACUGGCCAAUGUAUGUGCAUAUAACAGGAAUCACUUCAUCAUUUUAUCACAUCAUCUGGUAAAUCCUACCGUUUCUGCUGGGCGUCGCCAGCCCCAUGUUGCAGCGACAAUUCAGUUGAGCAUUGUUUUCCAGCGAGGGUGCAACAAUAACUGGUAUCAUGUUCUCGAGUUGUCUCAGCAAUUUUGUUUUUCUUCCCAAGCAGUGCUAGUCCAGAGAGUGAGGCAGAGCGCCUGUUGACGCUGCAACAGCUUAGCCUAGCCGUAUUUAUUGGGCUUGUAUACCGUCUCGGUUGUGAUCAUUCGCAGACUGUCCGUUGGUCAUGCUUCGUCCUAGCUUUGCUGUGCCCUGUGGGACACGCCUGACAGGUUUGACAACCAGGAAAAACCGCCAUCUGCGUGUCCGACAUUGUCCGGAGCAAAUCCGGAUGGCAUGCACUAUUUACCCCUGUAGGAGCAAACUUUGUGCAGAAAAAAAAAAGUUCUGUUUCGCAGCAGGUCAUUGGUUGUUCCUCUCCCCCUCUCUUUCCUAGCCAACUCAAAAAGUCAUGCGGUUCACGCGAGAGUGAGUCAUAGUCCCCCCAAUGUAAUCAAAAUGAACCUACAUUACUUUGUUUUCUUUGGUGCACUAUACUGUGGCGAUUAAAGAGUGUACAUCAUGUUGCUGAUGAAAGUCCUUGCUGCUGGCUUACCAAGUCCAUUAAAUUUGGUCAAGGAUCCUUGUAGAAUAAAAUACCUACAACAUA